UUGACAGAGACCAGGCUGGAUUUUUCAGCAGGGUGAUUCACUAGAUAGUGAAUGUAGAUACGCUAGAAGAGAAGUGAUUAAAAUGGCAGUGUAUCUUUAGAUCUUUAUCUGUGGUUUCAUGUCUGGUUAAGGACCAUGUUUUGGGAAAGAUGAGUGGUCAUCCACAAAUGAGGGUUGAAUUUCACUCAGCUUGAGACUAGGAAUGAAUCCAUCAAAAAAAAAAAAAAAAAAAAAAAUGAGUGAAAUUCAACCCUAUUAUGGUGUUUCCCAGACUGUCUUGUCUCUUUAAGACAGCCACACCGUGUAUGUGAUUAAUUCAGUGUGAUGCGAUGCUCUGACAGGAGCCCAUUUUCCCCUACAUGUAGCUUGCUGCUCUGGUAUUGUGUACACGGGGGGGAAAAUACACUUGGCACCAACGAAGAUUUCCUAUUAGAUCACAAAACCCAGGAAUAUAAAAGCUGAAAUCAUCGUUUUUCUUGAUGUGAAGAUGCUCUGAUAGCCUGAAGGACUUCUCAGCCGUUUUAACGUCUUAACGGUUUAAAAAAAAAAAUCAAUUUAAACAAAGGGCACGCGCGUCUGCCGUUAUUUCCAACUGAACACUCGUCGCCUCAGAUCAACUGCGCGUGAUGUCGUCGGCAAAACACGGUCUCGAGGAGGCAGCAGGAAGGCAGCCCAUGACUCAGCCGCUGAACCAAAUGGCUCCUCCACCAUACCUGGCGUCGCAGGACUCCAACAUGCCCCCACACCCUCCUCCGCCCGGCUGCGGCCCCCAGCCUAACUACCCCCCUCCCCCUCCCCCUCCCGGCUCUGAAGGGUAUUUACAUGAGUCUCAGUUCCCUUCUGGAAACCCUCCGCCUCAGGCGGCCCCUAACGGUUACACGGUCCAGACGCAUGGGCCCACCGGCUCGAUGCCUCAUCCUCCCGUGGGUUACCUGCAGCUCGGAUAUCCACUCCAACUGCAGCCUUGCACUGCUUAUGUACCUGUGUAUCCCAUCGGAACAGGGGGCCAGCCUUACAUGCCUAAUGGUACACCCCAUGCAGGUGUUGCGCCAGGGCAGGUGCCAAUGCAAAUGCCCCCUGGCGUUGCUCUAAUGGAGCCGCGGCGGCCCCCUCACGACUACCUGCCCAUCGCAGUGCUCACCACCAUCUGCUGCUUCUGGCCCACAGGCAUCAUCGCCAUCAUCAAAGCCGUGCAGGUACGUACAGCUGUCGCUCGGGGCGACAUGGUGUCGGCGGAGAUCGCGUCACGCGAGGCACGUAACUUCUCCUUCAUCAGCCUGGCAGUGGGCAUUGCCUCCAUCGUGCUCUGCACCAUCCUGACGGUGGUGGUGAUCAUCGCCUCGCAGCACCACGACGAAGACUGGGAGCCGUAGACCCGACCCAAAAGCCGCACCACACUACGGACUGAAGGCGGUACAGCCAGUAUUCUGCUCAUCA